UAUAGACACAGCCUAGUUGUAGAUCACAUUAUCAUUUAUAACUAGAUAGUAUUAUAAGUAUUAGGUGGAAGAACACAAUUGAGGGGUAACGAAACCACAUGGCCUGAAAGAAGGCCAGUCAACCAGCCAAUCAGAGUUUUGACAAAUUCAGACAACUACCCUACUUUUCUUCUCAAUAUUUGUUUCUAUCUUCUUCAUCACCUAAUAUUCUCGAAAGCAGGAAAAACAAAUAACAUGAUAUGAUAUUUGGAUGAGAGAUCAAUAACUUGGAACUGGGAAGGUCUCAACAGUUAAAUACAAGAUUAACAUAUGAAAAUAAAUAUACAAAUAUUUUCAUGUUCAUUAUGGAGGAGGAUGGAGUUGAAUUGUGCUGCAAUAUAACGUGAUAUCACACCUAAUUUGCUUGUUUGGAUGAGAUCCUGAGCCAGGCAGCUGCUCCCAGGCAGCGAUUCAGACCCCAGGCUGAUGAAAUCGAGUGUCUGGAUGCGCUGCCUGGCACACACAACCUUUUCAGGAUCAGAACCAAACAAGCUGUGCAAUGGCAUAACCGAAAAUGCAACAGUGUACUGGUUCAUGACUACUACCCGAUUAUAGGGGUUCACUGCCAGAUUGUAGCCAAGUAAACUAUAAUCCUUGCUUGUAAAAGUCUUCAUUGUUCUUGCUAUACGUCAGAGGGUAUUUCCAUUAAUCACAUGGCCAGAUAAAAAAGUGAGGUUCCUGACACUGUGACACAUGGGUAUGCUCUACUGCACCUAUUAGGGAGUCUAAAUAAAAAACAAAGCCCCUAAAUUGGAGUUUCUUGAUUCCUUCUGUAUUUUCAAAAUUGUUUACUACUGUAAGUGAUUUGUGCUGCAUUGGACAAUCUCAUUGAUGUGACAAUAGUUUACUUACAUGCUGUACCAUAAAAUUAAUAUUUUUUUUGGAUGAAAUUUUGAGCCUUAUGGUCCUUGUGGCCCUCUUUGGCAUAUUUGUCUUAUGCUUUGAAUUCUUUGUUCAAUUAGAAGUUUAAUUAAGGGACCAAGUAGGUUCUAUUUACUAUUAAUUCCAUGAAUGAGAUCUCAUGUUCUCCAACCUACGCUUUGCUCAUUAAUGACAUAUAAACAGAUAGCAGUGAAAAGGCUCAAGAGUUGGAGCAACAAGGCUGAAAAAGAAUUUGCUGUUGAGGUGGAGAUUUUGGCACGAGUGAGGCACAAAAGCCUUUUGAGCUUGCGUGGAUAUUGUGCUGAAGGCCAAGAACGCUUGAUAGUCUAUGAUUAUAUGCCAAAUCUGAGCAUACACUCUCAGCUUCAUGGACAGCACGCAGCGGAAUGCAAUCUCGGUUGGGAAAGAAGAAUGAAGAUCGCCAUAGAUUCUGCAGAAGGGAUCGCUUAUCUUCAUCACUACGCAACACCACAUAUCAUUCAUAGAGAUGUCAAGGCGAGCAAUGUCCUUCUGGACUCAAAUUUCCAAGCUCGGGUUGCUGAUUUUGGGUUCGCUAAGCUCAUUCCAGAUGGUGCAACACAUGUCACCACAAAGGUAAAAGGCACACUUGGUUACCUUGCACCAGAGUAUGCGAUGCUUGGGAAGGCCUCCGAAAGCUGCGAUGUCUUCAGCUUUGGAAUCAUGCUCCUAGAGCUUGCAAGCGGUAAGAAGCCAGUCGAGAAGGUAAACCCCACCACAAAACGAACCAUAACCGAGUGGGCUCUUCCUCUAGCCCGUGACAAAAAGUUCAAGGAAAUCGCUGAUCCAAAGCUCAAUGGUAACUUCAUCGAGGAUGAGCUGAAGCGAUUGGUGCUUGUCGGCCUCGCAUGUUCUCAGAACAAGCCAGAGCAGAGACCGAUAAUGUCUGAAGUUGUUGAGUUGCUUAAAGGAGAAUCUGCUGAGAAGUUGUCCAACCUGGAGAACGAUGAGCUGUUCAAGCCUGAACAGACCAGUUCGUUCCAGGGCUCAUCUGGACCCAAUAGCUCGGACUGCAUCACUGAGGAGAAGAGCUCCAAAACAGAUGUGAAAGAGGAGGCAGUUGAUUCAAGUGAGACGGUACCCUCAGCAAGGUAGUGUGCUGCACUUCAGCAGACAGCAGGUGUCCAGAGCUCCCUACCUGGGUGGUAGAAAUGUGUUUUAUAAGUGCGUUUUCGUGGUUAUUUCUUGUUCUUAGGAGGUUAAUUUGGGUGCUUCCUUGCCUAGUUCACAGAUAUGCUUAUCUGUGCAAGUCAAUUUGUGUUGCUAUGGUUCUCCUAUGGCUUGUAAAAUUAUGCAGAUCUGGGGCUGAUUCCGACAGUAACAAGCUGUUCACUGUACUGUUGCUAGCGAUUUGUGUGCAACUGCCAAUCCGUAAUCCAUGAGAUUAUUUUGUACU